UCAGUGUAGAACUGAAGACUCUGGCUAAGAAGACCAGCAACACUAAAUACAGAGAUGUUAUGAAGAUUAUACGACUGGCCCUCAGCGGACUACAGGUAGGAGAGAGACUGGCCCUCAGCGGACUACAGGUAGGAGAGAGACUGGCCCUCAGCGGACUACAGGUAGGAGAGAGACUGUCCCUCAGCGGACUACAGGUAGGAGAGAGACUGUCCCUCAGCGGACUACAGGUAGGAGAGAGACUGUCCCUCAGCGGACUACAGGUAGGAGAGAGACUGUCCCUCAGCGGACUACAGGUAGGAGAGAGACUGGCCCUCAGCGGACUACAGGUAGGAGAGAGACUGGCCCUCAGCGGACUACAGGUAGGAGAGAGACUGGCCCUCAGCGGACUACAGGUAGGAGAGAGACUGGCCCUCGGACUACAGGUAGGAGAGAGACUGGCCCUCGGACUACAGGUAGGAGAGAGACUGGCCCUCAGACUACAGGUAGGAGAGAGACUGUCCCUCAGCGGACUACAGGUAGGAGAGAGACUGGCCCUCAGCGGACUACAGGUAGGAGAGAGACUGGCCCUCAGCGGACUACAGGUAGGAGAGAGACUGUCCCUCAGCGGACUACAGGUAGGAGAGAGACUGUCCCUCAGCGGACUACAGGUAGGAGAGAGACUGUCCCUCAGCGGACUACAGGUAGGAGAGAGACUGGCCCUCAGCAGACUACAGGUAGGAGAGAGACUGGCCCUCAGCGGACUACAGGUAGGAGAGAGACUGGCCCUCAGCGGACUACAGGUAGGAGAGAGACUGGCCCUCAGCGGACUACAGGUAGGAGAGAGACUGGCCCUCAGCGGACUACAGGUAGGAGAGAGACUGGCCCUCAGACUACAGGUAGGAGAGACACCGGCCCUCAGACUACAGGUAGGAGAGAGACUGGCCCUCCGACUACAGGUAGGAGAGAGACUGGCCCUCCGACUACAGGUAGAGGAGAUACUGGCCCUCAGACUACAGGUAGUAGAGAGAGACUGGCCCUCAGACUACAGGUAGAGGAGAUACUGGCCCUCAGACUACAGGUAGGAGAGAGACUGGCCCUCAGACGACAGGUAGGCGAGAGACUGGCCCUCAGGCGACUACAGGUAGGAGAGAGACUGGCCCUCAGACUACAGGUAGGCGAGAGACUGGCCCUCAGGACUACAGGUAGGAGAGAGACUGGCCCUCAGACUACAGGUAGGAAAGACACCGGCCCACAGACUACAGGUAGGAGAGAGACUGGCCC